CCCUUAGCUGUUGUCUUAACCUCUUGAAGAGAAAAGAAUAAAGAAACCUUAAGCUCGUUAACAUACACACCACCACCCCACAUUACCAUCAUCUCCCACGGCCCCCAUAGAGAGAGAGAGAGAGAGAGAGAGAGAGAGAGAGCACGGGAAACCACUUCAAGAAAACCAAAAAGAGAGAAGAAGAGAGUUUCCUUGUGUAUAUUUAAGCAAUGGCAAGUCUGGGUUCUUUUUUCUUGAUCUCCGCGACCGUCUUGAUCUUGAUGGUGAUGGGCUUGCCAUCCACCGUUCAAGGAAAUGGGGACCACCACCACCUGGGGUGGAUUCCGACCACCACAGCCACCAGAUCAUCAAUCUGCGACAAAGGGUCUUUAGCAGAGUGCAUGGCUGAGGAGGAUGGGGAAGAGUUUGAGAUGGACACGGAGAUCAACAGGCGCAUUUUAGCAACUAGCAAGUACGUCAGCUACGGUGCGCUUCAGAAGAACAAUGUUCCUUGCUCUAGGCGUGGUGCUUCUUACUAUAAUUGCAAGAAUGGUGCUCAGGCCAAUCCUUACAGACGUGGAUGCAGUCGCAUUACAAGGUGCCGGGGUUGAAUUUUAUUUAUUUACUUAUUAUUUUUUUUUAAUUUUAUUUUUAAUUUUUAAAAUU